AUGCAUUUUGCAAAGAUCUUUGUUCCAUUUGCCCUGCUCGCCUUGGAGGCCACCGGCGUCCUGGCUGGCCGCGGAUCCAGAGGUGGCCGCGGAUCCAAAGGUGGCCGCGGAUCCAAAGGUGGCGGCGCUCCUUCCGCCGGUUCCGGUUCCACCGGUUCCCGCAAAUUACGUUUCUUUGCCGUGAAACCUUCCUCCCACAAAAAGAAGGGAAAAUGGUGCCAAAUCACCCUUCGGCAGAAAAAUGGCAAGGAAAAUAGUCAAAUGUCGCUCGAGCCAGGCACAAGCGACUUAUUCGUCUUCACGACGGGAUUAGAUGCAAAGGAACAUUUCGUCAAAGUCACGCCAGACCCUCGCACAUGCAAACCUAUAAAGGUGGAGGCAGUGGAGGGAGGAGAGUUGCCGCCAGCGGAUUGGACCUGGGAUGUGAAGAAGGUUUAA